AGCGCGGGCUGAGCGAGCGCGCCAGACGGCCGGGGAGCUGCGCGCCGGGAGGGUCCCUGUUUGGCGUCUCCAAACGCGCCCUGGGCGCACCGUCCUUUCCUUGGCUCGCCUUGCGCGCGCGGAUCGAGGCUCCCGCGGCGAGCUCAGGCGCCGGAUGCCGUUCCCCGGCGGCUUGUGGUGGUUGCUGUGCUGCAGGCAAGGCUUCACCUUGCUCCGACGCGACUAUGGCGAGGCAGGCAAAGGGGGGGCGGACGACGACGAAGCCGAGGAGUCCUUCGAAUUGCGCAGCAAAGGCGACGAGGUGAGUUGGGCAGCUCCCGGAGUUACUUGCUGCGUCCUAUUCCCGCCCGGGGACUGCAGCUUCUGCAGAGCUGGCCGGCAGAUCUCACUUUUAUUUUUUUUAAUACCUUGCGCUUUUGCGACCCUAGAGGAGCCCGCGUGCCUUAACUCGUCCCCGCGCCCCCGAUUCCCCCGGGGGGGGGGGAGCGGGACGGGACCAGGAGGACAAAGUGUUCUGAACGCGCCUGGGACGUAAAUUCGCGCAGGUUAACUGCGGCUUCGCCUUUGGAAGCUCUGUCCUGUGCGUCGCGGGCGGGGGGAGAGAAUUGCUCGCUUUACUCAGUGUAAAGGAAUUCGCUUGAAACGUGUUCGGAGGCUUUAGUGAGCCUUGACUCAUGCAGCCCUGGACCUGCGUUCUUGAUUUGCAAAGGAGCAAAGGAAGGUGGAUCCAAGGAGGACUGGCGCGGUAGAAAUCGGUGCAUAAACUUCUUCAGGCGCUUUUGCACCUAGGAUAUAUGCUCUUUGGGGCCGAUCUAACCUGCAGGAUAGCACCCCCGGCCCCAUCGGCGUGAUUGUCUCCAUCCUGUAAGCAGUUUGGGAGCCGUCCCCAGGGCAGCACUGCCCGUCUCCUCAUCCUCCCAAUUUCGGGGGAGGGUGCGCUUUCUCCGGAUAGGUAGCAUGAACUAAGUGGCAGGAAUGAUUUGCUGGCAACGUGAGUUGGGGAGCGGGUGUCUCCUCAUAUUCAUAAUCCUUAUGUAAUUCUACGGCCAUGAAUUAUGCAGAAUGAGCUGUUGUCUUGGCUGCUUGGCCACCUCUUCCUCCCAGCCCAUUUCCUUUUCACCGUGGGCAAAAGGAAAUCAUGGAGAGCUGAAGCUUGGCCAGCUUCAAGAGUGACAGAGAGCAGGGCUGCCUUUUGGCUGGCUGGGACACAGGGCCCUUCACAGCGCGACCGGAGUUCAGAAAGGAGCCAUUCAUCUUCCCCACCCUCCAUUUCCCUCUGCUUUCUCCCUGGGAAGCAAAAGGGGCACCGCCAAUUCCUCCCUCUAUUGCCCUAUUGCCCACCCAACUGCCUCUUCCAGAAUAGGACCCAGACCAGCUCCAAAGGAUGAAUUUCUUGACAGCCGUAGAUUUGUGCCAGUUGAUUUUUUUUACAGGAAUAAUGAUAUUCUCUAGGGUAGAACAAACCUGUUCCCUCUAAUAAAAUAUUUCCUUUCUCUGACCUAGUACUUUGGAUGCUAGGCAUACCUUUGCACUUGUGGGCUUCCUCUGCAAGAGAUCUGGAGAGCAGCAACACGAGAGCAGGGACUUUUCUGUGGUGGCUUCCCACUUGUGGAAUGCUCUCCCCAGGGAGGCUCGCCUGGCGCCUUCGUUACCUAUCAUUAGGCACCGGGCAAAAACAUUCCUCUUCUCCCAGGCCUUUGGCUAAUUAAGCAAUCUAUGGCCUUUUAAACAGUGUGUGGGGGCUAUUGUUUGUUACGAUGGUAUGUAUUUAUGUAUUUUUACAUUGUAAGCCGCCCUGUGAUCCUUGGACGAAGUGUGGUACAGUGGUACCGCAGGUUACAGACGCUUCAGGUUACAGACUCCGCUAACCCAGAAAUAGUACCUCAGGUUAAGAAAUUUGCUUCAGGAUGAGAACAGAAAUCGUGCUCUGGUGGCGCGAUGGCAGCAGGAGGCCCCAUUAGCUAAAGUGGUGCUUCAGGUUAAGAACAGUUUCAGGUUAAGAACGGACCUCCAGAACAAAUUAAGUUCUGAACCCGAGGUACCACUGUACAGGCAAAACGUUGUAGAGAAGCAGUUUGCGGUCUAGCUGGCCAAGGGCCUUGAAAAGGUUUAGCUUAACCUGAAGCGGGAUCUGCUGGGAAAAUUGGGAGUCUCUUUCUCUCUCACACUCACGCACACCUUUCUGCUCUGAAACUUCUCCAGUCACAAAGGCAGGUCCUGUCAAGAGGAACGGGAUGUGACAUGUUGGAGGCGAUGCAUCACUGCAGCCUGGAAGGAACAGGUUUGGGGUUCUCCAGAUCUCCGCAGAGGUGUUAUUAGACGUCCACGGAAGAGGAAGCGCCAGCCCUGGGUUGGGAGGAGGGGGAAGGGAUCUCCAAGCUGGACUGCCCAGCGAGUUGUAGCCUUGGUUUGCCAACACAUGGCUGCAUUUGUAGGUCCUGUUGCCCUCCCAAGAGGAAACAAAAUUUGGGGCGGUAGAUGAUUUGGCUGAAGGCAUGAAAAGGUUGCAUCACAAAUCCCAGAGACAAGUUAUUGGGGGCUAAAUAUACACAUGCUUCUUUGAGCUGCCCAGAGUGGGCGGGGUAUAAAUUAUUAUUAUUAUUAUUAUUAUUAUUAUUAUUAUUAUUCCUUCCCCUUCCUUUCCUCUGCCAUGGCUGGGGAGCACCUCUUAUUUCCAAUUUCCAAUUAAACUUUUUAUUGCACUAGCCAUAGGCCAUGGCUUUAUUCAGAAGGAGAACAACAAAAAACAACAACAAUAACCAUAACCAUAACAAUCAUCGGGCACCACACAUACAAUAAAACCACGUUCACGGCUACUAAAAUUAUUUGUUGCAUUAAAUAGAAUAGAGUAGCAGAAGAUUCUCAGGUAAGAUGUGCCAAAUUAAAUAUCCGAAUCCCCUUUGCAGUUGACCGCUAUUUUAUCUAGUUCCUUCCUCCUGAUCUUCUUAGCUACCAGCCCAUAGAGUGCUACUUUAUAAGUAACAAAGUCGUCGGUGUCACUCAGCAGCCAUUUCACCCUUUCCACCCUAUUCAGAUAUAUUCCACUCAUAAACAGGGGUUUUAUAAAUCGGUCUCUUGGGUCUAUAUAUAAUGGGCACUGCAAUAAAUAAGUAUGUACCUCUGGCUACAUACUUAACUCGUUCCGGAGGUCCGUUCUUAACCUGAAACGGUUCUUAACCUGAAGCACCACUUUAGCUAAUGGGGCCUCCUGCUGCUGCCGCGCCGCCGGAGCACGAUUUCUGUUCUCAUCCUGAAGCAUGGUUCUUAACCCGAGGUAAUAUUUCUGGGUUAGCGGAGUCUGUAACCUGAAGCGUAUGUAACCUGAAGCAUAUGUAACCUGAGGUACCACUGUAAUGGCACAGGUCCUCGACGCAGGGUUGUCCACACAGACAGAGUCUUUCUUUGUAAUGUACUUUGAGCACCUCCUAUUUAAUCCUGCUUAGUAGUAAAAUUUUUCACCAAACUGCAGGAGGCAGUGGAAGACAGGAGUGCCUGACAUGCUCUGGUCCACGGGGUCACGAAGAGUCGGACACGACUAAAUGACUAAACAACAACAACAACAGUAGUAAAAAUGGAAGCAUGUAUGGGACGCGGGUGGCGCUGUGGGUUAAACCACAGAGCCUAGGACUUGCCGAUCAGAAGGUCGGCAGUUCAAAUCCCCACGACGGGGUGAGCUCCCAUUCCUUGGUCCCUGCUCCUGCCAACCUAGCUCUUCGAAAGCACGUGAAAGUGCAAGUAGAUAAAUAGGUAUCGCUCUGGCGGGAAGGUAAACGGCGUUUCCGUGCCCUGCUCUGGUUCGUCAGAAGUGGCUUUGUCAUGCUGGCCACAUGAACUGGAAGCUGUAUGCCGGCUCCCUCGGCCAAUAAAGCGAGAUGAGCGCCGCAACCCCAGAGUCGGCCACGACUGGACCUAAUGGUCAGGGGUCCCUUUACCUUUACCUAUGUCUAGCUAAAGCAGGAAUGGAGAAACUUCGGCCCUCAAUAUGCUGUUGGACUACAGUUCCCAUCUUCCAUCACCAGUGGCCAUGUUGCCUGGAGCUGAUGGGAGAUGGUCCAUCAACAGCUCGCCCGCCCCCGCCUCCCGGCUGAAUUAGAUGGUUCUGGGAAGCCCACAGCAGGGCUUGAACCCAACAGCCCUCUCCAUGGCUGUUGGACUAAUUACUAUGGCUAAUACCUAUCGAUAGGCCCAUUUAUAGAGGAUAGGUCCAAUCCCAUUUUAGAGCCAUCUAAGCCUAUGGCCAUUGUCUCUUGUGGCCAUAAGUUCAAUACAUUGCGUCAGGGCUGGGGAACCUGUGGUCUUUCAGCUGUUCCUGGACUCCAGCUCCCAUCAGGCCUAGCCAGUGUUUAGGGAUGAUGGGAAUUGUGGUCUAGGAAUGCAUUGUGUGACUUUCUUUUGUCUGUCCCCAGUCUGCUGGCCAACCAGUUUAACAGGGUGACCCUCAGUUUUAGCAUUGAAAGGGGCGGGGACAUUCCCCCUCCCCAAUACCAUGCCUGAUUUUGCGCACCUCUGUCUUAACCAUCCUUGUCUCUCAGCCUAGGUAGCUCAAUUAGAGCGUGGUGCUGAUAACGGCAAGGUUGCAGGUUUGAUCCCCAUAUAGGUUAGCUGCAUAUUCUUGCAUUGCAUGGACUUGGACUAAAUAAUAAUAAUAAUAAUAAAUUUUAAAAAAUUAUUAUUUGUACCCCGUCCAUUCUGGGUGGCUUCCAACAGAGAUUAAAAAUACAUUAAAAUACAUUUAAUAAAGGUAAAGGUAAAGGGACCCCUGACCAUUAGGUCCAGUCGUGACCGACUCUGGGGUUCAUCUCACUUUAUUGGCCGAGGGAGCCGGAGUACAGCUUCCGGGUCAUGUGGCCAGCAUGUCACGAACCAGAACAGCGCACGGAAACGCCAUUUACCUUCCCGCUGGAGUGGUACCUAUUUAUCUACUUGCACUUUGACGUGCUUUCAAACUGCUAGGUUGGCAGGAGCAGGGACCGAGCAACGGGAGCUCACCCGUCGCGGGGAUUUGAACCGCCGACCUUCUGAUCGGCAAGCCCUAGGCUCUGUGGUUUAACCCACAGCGCCACCCGCAUCCCAAAAUACGUUUAAUACAAAGAUUAAAAAUACAUUAAACCACGGCAAAGCUAACCUGGUUCCAUUUGUUUUUCCUCAGGGUCCCUUCCAACUCUACAAUUCUAUGAUUAUCUGAUUCAUUUAUUCCCCCCCCCCAAGUAAUUUCCAUGUGCUUUAGCUUUUUUUUUUUUUUUUUUUUUUUUGGACAGGGGAAAUGCUCCAGCUACUUCAUCAUGUCUUUUAACUAUAGCCUUUGUGCGAUGCUGCCAGAACCUGUUUUCCCCAGUGGGGUGCUACGCCAAAGCAGAGCUGGGGUGGGCGUGAGCUCACUUACCACUACAAAAGCUUGCCUAGCUGGAGAGACCAGAUCCUGAACCUGGUCAUCUGAUAGGUGUUAACUGGGUGUGCCGUAGUGUCACGCACGCCUGGCACUCCUUACAUUGACCCCUCAGGAAAUUUAAGGAUUUGGAACAGGCAUCCCCAAACUCGGCCCUUCAGAUGUUUUGGGACUACAAUUCCCAUCAUCCCUGACCUGUUAGCUAGGGAUGAUGGGAGUUGUAGUCCCAAAACAUCUGGAGGGCCGGGUUUGGGGGUGCCUGAUUUGGAGGAUGCUAUCCAGCUUGGGACGCGGGUGGCGCUGUGGGUUAAACCACAGAGCCUAGGACUUGCCGAUCAGAAGGUCAGCGGUUCGAAUCCCCGCGAUGGGGUGAGCUCCCGUUGCUCAGUCCCUACUCCUGCCAACCUAGCAGUUUGAAAGCACGUCAAAGUGCAAGUAGAUAAAUACCUUCUCCAGCGGGAAGGUAAACAGCGUUUCCGUGCGCUGCUCUGGUUCGCCAGAAGCGGCUUAGUCAUGCUGGCCACAUGACCCAGAAGCUGUACGCUGGCUCCCUCGGCCAGUAAAGCGAGAUGAGCGCCGCAACACCAGAGUCGACUACAACUGGACCUAAUGGUCAGGGGUCCCUUUAUCUUUACCUAUCCAGCUUAGGUUGGCUGGGGUUAGGAUGGUCCCCGGGAACGUCGCCGAUAGUCAGGGAAGAAGGGAGUUGAAGUUUGCCAAUAUCUGGAAGGCCACAGCUUCCUCACCCACCCCCCUUUUAAAAUUAGCCAGGUGCCAGGCACGUUUUGUGACUGGCGUAGGUCCAGUUGCGACCACUUGGAGAUCUUUGAAUGCCAGGUUGGCACCUGUCAUCUCCACCUGGCUGGCCCCUCCGGCUUUCUUAAGCAGCUAAGCAGUUAAUCAUUGCAAUGAUCCUGUGAGGUAGCCUGUGACUGGCCCAAGGUCACCCAGUCAGCUUCAUGACCGAGUACAUAUUUGAACCCUGAUCUCCUAGGUCCUACUCCAACACUCUAACCCAUGGGUAGGCAAACUAAGGCCCAGGGGUCGCAUCCGGCCCAAUCGCCUUCUAAAUCCGGCCAGCGGACGGUCCAGGAAUCAGCCUGUUUUUACAUGAGUAGAAUGUGUCCUUUUAUUUAAAAUGCAUCUCUGGGUUAUCUGUGGGGCAUAGGAAUUCGUUCGUUGUUUUCCCUUCAAAAUAUAGUCCGGCCCCCCACAAAGUCUGAGGGACAGUGGACCCUGCUGAAAACAUUUGCUGACCCCUGCUCUAACCACUACAUCACCCUGGCUUCCUAGAGUACUUCUGCUGUGCUAUGAGCUAAAUUAAGUAGGCAAAUAAAUAUGGGGGGAAGCAAAAUGUCACUUGGAGAAGGGUCUGAAAUAUUUUCCUUGCAGCGUGAAUUUGUUUUAUUCUGGAUUUUUUAUUUGAUGUUUUAAUGGGUUGUAAAGCGCUUUGAGAUUUCUUCUUUGAGAUAUAAAGCAGUCUAGAAAUGAACUGAAGAAAAGGAAAAAGAAAUCUCAUUGGGGGGGGGGGCGGAAUGGCGCCUAGACAUUCUGUUGUGGCGACCGUAACCUAGGUUUUAAGCUGCUACUGUAUUUGGCAGUGACCUUAUAUGUCUUGAGUUUCCUAACAUGGCUCACCCCUGGUUUAUGGAACAGCAAUUGAAGAACUUCUAGCCCCACAUUCCCCCUUUUAAUGGCUUCCCUCCAAGUCCAGUGUCUUUGCCCUGCCAAAGCUUUCUGAAAGAGGAAUGCAGAAUUUAUUUUUCAGUCAUGCAAGUUCCUUCAUUUCGGGCCUUCAGAAUGGUAAGGAAAAGUGUUCAGUUCCCUUCUCCAUCAGGUUGUGGUGAGAAGUGAUCAGACACAGCCGUGUUUUCACCCGCAGACCCCACUUUGCCCAAGUGAGAAAAUCCAUGAUUUGUCAACUUGCUCGUUUAUGUGGAUUGUCGUCCGAAGAGUUACAUAAGCUGAAACAGUUUUAUUUUUAAGGGAGUAGAGUUUUCUCUUUCGAAGGUGGUGGGAAAGCUGCUAUAGUCAAUGGGUAAACUCUUACAAAGAGUUUACUAUUUCAGAACACUUUACAGUGGUACCUCUGGAUACGACCAGGAUGCGUUCCGGAGCCCCGUUCGCAUCCAGAAGCGAAUGCAACCCAUGUCUGCGCGGGUCGCAAUUCGCCGCUUUUUUGCAUGCACGUGACAUCAUUUUGACCGUCUGUGCGAGCGGCGAAAGCCGGAAGUAACGCGUUCCGUUACUUCCGUGUCACCGCGGAGCGCAACCCGAAAGCGCUCAACCUGAAGCAACUUCAACCCAAGGUAUGACUGUAUUUCUAAAGUAUUACAGUGGUACCUCGGGUUACAGACGCUUCAGGUUACAGACUCUGCUAACCAAGAAAUAGUACCUCGGGUUCAGAACUUUGCUUCAGGAUGAGAACAGAAAUCGCACGGCAGCAGCGGGAGGCCCCAUUAGUUAAAGUGGUACCUCAGGUUAAGAACGGACCUCCAGAACGAAUUUAAGUUCUUAACCCGAGGUCCCACUGUACACUGUUCACCUGAACUAAAACCCUACCAAAGAAAGCAAAGAGAAGUACUUGGCUUCUUUUUGCUCCCUCUCCCCACCAGUCCCUCACAGUAAAGAUGCUUUUUCAGUGAGUACAAGGGCUUGCAGACUCAAAGAGGGCCCUUCCUUACCAUGCAAAUUUGAGAUAAUUGCUACAAACAACCAUUAAACUUUUAAAAGCCUUCCUGAGCCUAGUCAUUAUAGUAUGGCGUCAUUCACUUCUCCCAGAGAAGGAGGAAGGGACACCUGUCAGAACAGGGGAGGGAUGUUUAAUUUUCAUUUUUCAUUUCACGUUUAAUUUGUAUACCACCUUUCUAUUUCACUAUACCCAAGGCGGUUUACAAGCUGAAGAGGCAAAGAAUGUACACCAUAUAACAAUCCAAUCCAAAAAUGUGAUAAUAAAACAUAACUUUAAAAUAAGCAACUUAUAUCAAAUAAAGUCAGAUUCAACAAUCCACUAGAAGAGUAUAGAAUAUUAAAUAUCAGCGUAUAAAAAUGAAACAGAAAUCCACUCUUAACAAUUACAAUAAAUAAUUUCUAAACUAUAAUAAAUAAAAACAACGGCAAGUCACAGUGUAUAAAAUAAUACAAUACAAAUUGAGAAGCCAUGAAGGAAGGAAGGAUAACAACAGGAAGAUUUAAAGAAGGAACUAUUGGAAACUCAAGGCAGUAGAAACAUAAGAUGAUUGGAACCCCACUGAACUUGAAGCAUGGGAAGCCCCAACAAAAAAUUAUAAUUUGGCAGAAUAUUUGGAUUAUAUGAGAUGUAUUUGUAUAAUUUGGAAUAUGCAAUGUGAUCUGAUUGGAUUGUUAAAAUGGAAAACUUAAUAAAAAUUAUUAUUUUAAAAAAAAGAGAAGCAGAGAUUGGAGGGUCGGGCAAGGCAGGUGGAAAGGUCUUGCCUGAUGGGUGGCUGGAAGUCUCUCUCCUUGAGGAGACCUUGAGGAGUCCUUCCUAGGGUUCUCCUUGCCAGAAGCAAAUUAGGGCCUUCUCCCACAAAGACUCUGAACCUGCAGUUUCCAGCUCUGGUAGUUUAAUCCUACUAGGAAGUCGUCUGAGAAGGGUUCUAGGAGGGCUGUCUUAACUCCUGGUGGGCUCAUCAUGCAACGGGUAAGUGUUGGACUAAGACCUGGGAGAUCAGGGUCCAUGUUUCCACUCAGCCAUCAAGCUCACCACCACUGACCCCAACCCAUCUCACAGGCUUGUUGUGAGGAUAAUACGGAAAGGGGAAGAGCCAUGGACAUCAUCUUCAAUGUUCGAAAUUGUGUUGUUGUUUAGUCGUUUGGUCGUGUUCGACUCUUCGUGACCCCAUGGACCAGAGCACGCCUGGCACUCCUGUCUUCCACUGCCUCCCGCAGUUUGGUCAAACUCGUGCUGGUAGCUUCGAGAACACUGUCCAACCAUCUCGUCCUCUGUCGUCCCCUUCUCCUUGUGCCCUCCAUCUUUCCCAACAUCAGGGUCUUUUCCAGGGAGUCUUCUCUUCUCAUGAGGUGGCCAAAGUAUUGGAGCCUCAGCUUCCGGAUCUGUCCUCCCGGUGAGCACUCAGGGCUGAUUUCCUUCAGAAUGGAUCGGUUUGAUCUUCUUGCAGUCCAUGGGAUCUCAAGAGUCUCCUCCAGCACCAUAAUUCAAAAGCACCCAUUCUUCGGCGAUCAGCCUUCUUUAUGGUCCAGCUUUCACUUCCAUACUUCCAUACAUGAUGUAUGGAAGUUUGAAAUUAGCCGGGCACAUUUUGUACCUGGCUAUCGACCACUUGGGGCCAAGUCAAGAUGCCUGGGCUCCAGGAUGGCACCUGACAUGUCCAUCAUCUGGGGAUCAUUGGAUCUGGACUAUUUUCACACACUAGUACCACGUCCUAUAGAAUUCUCUCCGUUAUAUUUUAUCUGCACAAUCAGAAUGCAUUUCUGGAACCAAAUUGUUGUUGUUUUCUGUGCAGCCUUGAGUAGGAGCAGUCACCGUUAAGAAAAAGAGGUGCAAAUAGGUCAUCAUUAUAUGUGUGGAUUGCCCCUGGAUAAGUUCUCAAAGUUCUUAAGCUAGCCCAAGGUUGUCAUCUGAACUAGCCAGGUGUUUAACAGAAUCACAGUCAGUCCAUCAUUUGGAAAAUAAGAUUUUAGUGCAGCACAUAUACUAAAAUUGGAGCAUGGAAAGUAAGACUUUAGAGCCUUCUUGCCCCAAAAUGGCAACCAGACAUUCUGUUUUGGUGACUGUAACCUUGGUUUAAGGAGCCAUUUGGCCCCUAGCUUAUAUAUCUGAGUUUCUAACGCUGGUUUGAGCGCUUUGGAGGAAAGUUGGGACAAGAAAGCUAAUUAAUAUACAGUGGUACAUCGGGUUAAGAACUUAAUUCGUUCUGGAGGUCCGUUCUUAACCUGAAACUGUUCUUAACCAGAAGCACCACUUUAGCUAGUGAGGCCUCCUGCUGCCUCUGCGCCACCGGCACGCAGUUUCUGUUCUCAUCCUGAAGUAAAGUUCUUAACCUGAGGUACUAUUUCUGGAUUAGCGGAGUAUGUAACCUGAAGCAUCUGUAACCCAAGGUACCACUAUAAUAUAAUAUAAUAUAAUAUAAUAUAAUAUAAUGCAUUGUUCUGGAAUCACUCUGUGUGUGUUCCAUUACUGGUGAUCAGCUAUGAUGAAACUGUCGGCUCUGAGUUACCCUCAACUCUGCAAAGGAGUUCAGUCUCUGGAACGGGACUGUGGCAUUUAUUCACCAGCCUUUGCAUAUGUACCCACUGGAAAGAUGCAAAAACAAGGGCAGGGCCUCUUGCACUUUGAAUAAUUGUGCAGAAGGAGGCAUUCCAAGAGUUGUCGCUCGCAUGACAACCUUGCAUGAGACGAAGAUGGCCCCAUCGGUGCUGCAAACCUUGCCGUUUGGUACUUUGGGGAAAUCAUGGCUUACGGAAGCUGGCAUUCCCCACCCCCACCCCCACCCCCCGUAACAUGAGGAAAGGUAAAGGUAAAGGGACCCCUGACUAUUAGGUCUAGUCGUGACCAACUCUGGGGUUGCGGCGCUCAUCUCGCUUUAUUGGCCGAGGGAUCCGGCGUACAGCUUCCGGGUCAUGUGGCCAGCAUGACUAAGCCGCUUCUGGUGAACCAGAGCAGCGCACGGAAACGCCAUUUACCUUACCGCCAGAGCGGUACCUAUUUAUCUACUUGCACUUUGAUGUGCUUUUGAACUGCUAGGUUGGCAGGAGCAGGGACCGAGCAACGGGAGCUCACCCCGUCGCAGGGAUUUGAACCUCCAACCUUCUGAUCGGCAAGUCCUAGGCUCUGUGGUUUAACCCACAGCGCCACCCGCGUCCUUUUAACAUAAGGAUAGUUGAGAGCUAAGGGAAUCACAGCGGUCUUAUAGUGUUGGGGGAUGUAAUGGGAUGGCUGCCAGACAGCGCUUGCUUCUACUGGUCCUCUGUUGCAAGCCCCCUUCUUCCUCUCUCUGUGUGCCCAGUGCUUGCCCUCUGGGCAGAUAAAUAUAGUGCUGUUAAAUAUGUGCUGAGCAACAGUGCCAGAGUGCAGGCAUACUGUGAUUUUUUAAAGAUACAAUGCAGCCUGACAUAUUACAAUGGCACUCACGAAAUCAAGACAGCUUUUGCUUAUGUCUUGGCCUCCACAUACUCGCUGUUUCUUACCGUCUUUUCAGCUAUGCUCCUCUGCAGGUUGGGACAACGUUGAAGCUAGGGCUAGCUUGGUGCACGAAUUUUAAUAUGCUUGUAAAUGCUAUAAUCUGAAUUAUGACAGCCGCCCUCUUGGUGAUUUUAAGCUGAAGAGAGCAAGAUGGUGCAUGUUGCCGAACCAAAAGGAAACCCAGCAAAGUUUUGCAUUUCCAAGCAUCAUCAGAACAUCCCACUUCUUCUGCUUUGCUGAUAAUUUUCUGAACGAUGAAUUCAUUUUAAACACAGCCUACGUGCUGGAAAGGCUGAUUUUAUGCAUGCUGAGUGAGUCAUAAAUCAGGAUUCGCUUCUUCUUUUCCAUUGCUAGUUCCACCUUGUGAUAACAAAGGCAUUUGUCCUUCUCCUUGUCUUGUAUCCUUCUCCAUAGCCUUGGUCAACAUUUUGAUCUCCCAGUUCUCCUAUAUGACCUACCAUUAUUAGCUUCUGCCACUUCCUCUAAUUCAGAUGAAAUCACCAGCAAUGGCAGCACACGAUGCUGUGCUGUAUGGAUUUAGUCAUUGCAUAGCAUGGAUGUAAAGCAAGGAUGGAUGGCGGCUAACAGAUUGAGGUUGAAUCCUGACAAGACAGAAGUACUGUUUUUUGGGGACAGGAGGCGGGUGGGUAUGGAGGACUUCCUGAUCCUGAAUGGGGUAACUGUGCCCCUGAAGGACCAGGUGCACAGCCUGGGAGUCAUUAUGGACUCACAGCUGUCCAUGGAGGUGCAGGCCAAUUCUGUGUCCAGGGCAGCGGUCUACCAGCUCCAUCUGGUAUGCAGGCUGAGACCCUACCUGCCCGUGGACUGUCUGGCCAGAGUGGUGCAUGCUCUAGUUAUCUCCCGCUUGGACUACUGCAAUGCGCUCUAUGUGGGGCUACCUUUGAAGGUGACCCGGAAACUACAACAAAUCCAGAAUGCGGCAGCUAGACUGGUGACUGGGAGUGGCAGCAGAGACCAUAUAACACCGGUCUUGAAAGACCUCCACUGGCUCCCAGUAUGUUUCCGAGCACAAUUCAAAGUGUUGGUGCUGACCUUUAAAGCCCUUAACGGCCUCAGCCCAGUAUACCUGAAGGAGCGUCUCCACCUCCAUCGUUCUGCCCGGACACUGAGGUCCAGCGCCAAGGGCCUUCUGGCAGUUCCCUCACUGCGAGAAGUGAGGUUACAAGGAACCAGGUAGAGGGCCUUCUCGGUAGUGGUGCUCUCCCUGUGGAACGCCCUCCCACCAGAUGUCAAAGAGAAAAACAACUACCAGACUUUUAGAAGACAUCUGAAGGCAGCCCUGUUUAGGGAAGCUUUUAAUGUUUAAUAGACUAUUGUAUUUUAAUAUUCUGUUGGAAGCUGCCCAGAGUGGCUGGGGAAACCCAGCCAAAUGGGCAGGGUAUAAAUAAUAAAUUAUAUUAUUAUUAUUACAUCUAGCAUCAAUAGCAGCCUUUUGUAGGCAUUAUUUGGGCUCCACAACUUUCGGGGUGUCCUGGUUUUUACUUUCUGAAAUAUGGCAAACCCUAGGCUUUUGGCGCAUACCUGAAUUUGUACAUUCCUCAGCUUGCCAUUUUAAAUCGGUGGUUUUGAUCCUAAAAUCUGGCGGCGUUUAUGAUACGGGUGGUGAUAAUUAACUGAGCUAGGAGAAAGAGGGUUCUACUUUUUCUUUUUUGGUAAGCAUUUGAAGGUGUACCAGGGUCUCCCUGCCAGUUCCAGCUCCGCUUCUUCUGCAGAAUAAUCCUUCCACACUCUCUUGGCGCCUGCUGCCAGCCUGCCUGCCCCUGCAAGGAUUGUGGCAGCCCUUGCAAACUUGAUCUGAUUUAUAACAGGUGUCCUAAUGCCAGAGGGCAGUUGGUGCCCUGUCUAUAACAGGCUACCUGUUGCAGCAGCUCCCUGGCUUUAUAUUUCGUCUCUCCCGUUUUUUCCACCUGGCCUUUGCUCUGGCAGGGAGAGGGGGCCAGGAGGAGCGCAUUGGCCUAUGUCGAAACCGGACCUGGCUGUGUGUCCUGCCCUGCCCCCGUCCCCGGUCCCCUUUAACUGUGCCAAAAACCUCCUUGCAGAUUUUGGCGCCUGCCAACACCACCGAGCCCCUUUGAAUAAGGUACAGGAGACCAGGUUUCCCUCUUGCCCCCUGCUGGGGACUUUUCUGCUCUCCCGGCCUGCCCAUCCCCCUUUGCAGAGGAAGGAAGCCUUGGCCACAAUAGGACUUUGUUUGCCUGUAUCUUACUCAGCAAUGUGCUUGUGCAAUUCUGCACAGCCCCGGAGCCCAGUGCUAAGGUCGGCUGAGGAUACAGGAACCCGUUCAGCUGCUGCAGCUUGCGGUGUGUGCGGUGGGGGUGGGGGUGGCUAGCCAGACAGACUGUGGCCUGGGAGGGGCAGCAACCCAGACGAGGCAGCCUGGGAAAAUUGCAGAUUAAUAAUUCGCUCCCUUGUGUGGUUGGGGAAAUGGGAAGGGCAACGCUACUGUGCAUUUUCCCCCAAUCUCUCUCUGGACUGGCCUCUUGCUUUUGUGUGAGCACACACACACACACACAAUAUAAUAAUGUGCGGCAGAGGGUGUUGUUCCGGCUUUUGAAACCCCCCCAGUCUUAAAAGCCUUCCAACCUGUCUUCUAACGCAGGUGGCGUGUGGGUUAAACCACAGAGCCUAGGACUUGCCGAUCAGAAGGUCGGUGGUUCGAAUCCCCGCAACGGGGUGAGCUCCCGUUGCUCGGUCCCUGCUCCUGCCAACCUAGUGUGGCAAGGCCACCUGGAAGAGUUUUACCUUUACAUUUUCUGUAUAACCAUGUAUCCCAAUAAUGCUUAAAUUGUUAAGGCUAGAAUCUUAGGAUUCUAAAUCUUAGGAAUCCAAAAAUCUUAGGAAUCCAAAGUCUCUCUCUGCCCUGUUCGAAAGCACGUCAAAGUGCAAGUAGAUAAAUAGGUACCACUCCGGCGGGAAGGUAAACGGCGUUUCUGUGCGCUGCUCUGGUUCGCCAGAAGCAGCUUAGUCAUGCUGGCCACAUGACCCGAAGCUGUACGCCGUCUCCCUCGGCCAAUAAAGUGAGAUGAGCGCUGCAACCCCAGAGUCAGCCACGACUGGACCUAAUGGUUAGGGGUCCCCUUACCUUUAACAUGUCUCCUUAUCCAAAUCACAUGCAAAGCGUAGCUUUGUUUUCUUGUGUCCUGAUCAGUGUGUCUCUCCCCGCUUUGCUUUUCAGGGAGCUCCCUUGCAGGUGAACGUCACUCAGCCCAGUCGGACCAGCAGCGGUUCCGAAAGGUGAGCAGCGAAGGGUUGUGGGGCAGCUCGGUCAGUAGAGCACAAGGCUCUGAAUCUCGGUUGUGGGUUUGAUUUCCACGUUGGUCAAAAGAUUACUUCAUUGCAUGGGGUUGGGCCUGUAAUAAACAAAAAUCUGCCCUUGUUCCCCAUAAGGGAAUAAGGGCAGAUUUUUAUGACCCUUGCGGUCCCUACAAACUCUACAAUUCUGAUUCAGUUUGGGGCAUGGCACUCAAAUAGGCAAAUGUGUUAUUGUGCGUGGGGUAGCUGUUCAUGUCAGAAUUCUGGCUCCUGUCAGCAGAAACCUGUAGGAUCCUGCAACUAAUGUGAUUGGCUUAGGCCCUGACACUUAUUCUUUUUAAUAAUAAUAAUAAUAAUAAUAAUUUUUAAAAAAAGACCUAUUUGCUCAACUAGAUCUUUUCCCCACUCCCGUGCCUGCAAUCUAAGUAAGAACCCUUGCCCAUCAAAGGCCAAUAACUGCCUGCCCCUUCUGUUUGUUGCCAACUUAUUCCCUUCUUCUUCGAUGCUGUCAUCAGGCUCCACCUUUGGCCAAAAGCAAAAUACUGGAAAGGCAUUAGUGAAUACAGUUUUUUAAAAAAUCCCUACGGCUGAAUCCUGCCUCCGUAACAAGCCACCUUGCUUCAAAGUCCUACCUUCUGAUUUGGGAUGUGCAGUGGUUUGCAGCAGUAGCUACGUGCUAAGGGAGGAUCACACACUGCAUGUGAUUUUCUUGUUGCAUGUUAAAAAAAACAACAGUCCUGGGACUUGGUCCUGUCUCAAAUUAGCAUAUGACUGGGGGUUCCUACUAACUUAGAUUGCAGGCGUAGGAGUGGGGGAAAGAUCAUCCUAGUUGCCCAAAUAAGUAUUUAAUUUUUAAAAAAGAAUAAGUGGCAGGGCCUAAGCUUGCCUAGAAAACACCACCCUCUCCCCUGAAAUUAUUCCCUCUGAUUUCAGAUAUGUGGGGGCGGCUGUGUGGGGAGAACACUUUGUACAUGUUCAGAUGCACUCUGAUCCCAGGUUCAGUUGCUGAUAUCUUCAAGUAGGACUAGGGAGAGAAACCCAACCUGAAACUCUGGAGAACCGCUGCAAGUCAUUGUAGAUUAUUAUUAUUCAUUUAUUUCAUUUUUAUACUGCUUUAUAUUUUUAAGAAAAAUCUCAAAGCGGUUUACUUCAUAUUAAACAUCAAUAAAACAAUCCAGAAUCAAACAUUUCUGAAGAAGGUACACAGUCAAAGCAACACAAUUAACAGGAAACCAAAAUACCAUCUCAAAGAUUUCAAAAUAAAACAUUACAAAGGAGGUCAACUACAGAAUACAUAUUUAACACAAAGUUAACGGGGAAAAAACAAAAAUCUUAAAACAUUUCAAAAGAAAACAUUGCUGAGUGAAGUCAAAUAUAAAAUGCACAUUUAAAACAGCAUAAUUAACAAGAGAAUAAAAUAUUAUCAUAAGCAUGACACGGCUGCUGGGCAGGCACAAAAAGAUGGGGCAAAAGGACCCAAUAAUUAGGAUUUGUUGUCAGGCAUCGCGAUGUAGAUGACACUGAGCUAAACAGACCAAUUUCCUGAGACACUGAAAACCUAAGAGUUCAACCCGCAUUUGGGGGGCAUUCCUCCUGGGCCUUAAACUAAUGCAUCCCAAGAGUGCCUUGUUUUGUUCAUUUUUGGAAGGUUUCUCAAUUCUUUCUCAACUAGAGAGCAACUGGGGGAGAGAGAGAGGAGAAGCGAUUGUGGGAAGAAUUCUGUCUGGUGACCCACACUCCUCCCGCCCCGCUUGCAAGCUAAUGGUUCCCAGCUGGGGUCAGGCCUAGCGAGGGCGCCUGGAGGAAAGGGACUCCAGCAUCUUCCUCUGUUGCAAGACAGGGCCUGGGAAAAGGCCGAGGGGAACAGAGGACCGUGUGUGAAGCUGAGAGCUCUGGGGUUCGUCCUCCGCAGAGCGAGUGUCUGAACAUAGCUGUGGCUGAGUGCCUGGGGAAAACAGAAAGGAAAAGGGGCGAGUGAUGUCUUUUGGGAGGGGGUUGAAAACAUCUAGGUGGCAGUGGACUCAUAUAUAUACAUAUAUAUAUAUAUAUAUAUAUAUAUAUAUAUAUAUAUUCCAGAAUGCGGCAGCUAGACUGUUGACUGGGAGUGGCCGUCGAGACCACAUAACACCGGUCUUGAAAGACCUACAUUGGCUCCCAGUACAUUUCUGAACACAAUUCAAAGUGUUGGUGCUGACCUUUAAAGCCCUAAAUGGCCUCGGUCCAGUAUAUCUGAAGAAGCAUCUCCACCCCCAUCGUUCUGCCCGGACACUGAGGUCCAGUGCCGAGGGCCUUCUGGAGGUUCCCUCACUGCGAGAAGCGAAGCUACAGGGAACCAGGAAGAGGGCCUUCUCGGUAGUGGCGCCUGCCCUGUAGAACGCCCUCCCACCAGAUGUCAAAGAGAACAACAACUACCAGACUUUUAGAAGACAUAUGAAAGCAGCCCUGUUUAGGGAAGCUUUUAAUGUUUGAUGUAUUACAGUAUUUUAAUAUUUUUUUGGAAGCCGCCCAGAGUGGCUGAGGAAGCCCAGCCAGAUGGCCGGGGUAUAAACAAUAAAUAAUAAUUAUUAUUAUUAAUUGUAGAGUUGGGACCACACGGGUCAUUUAAUCCACCCCCUGCAGUGCAGGAAUCUUUUUGCCCGACGUGGGGCUCAAACCCACAACUCUGAAAUUCCGAGUCUCGAGCUAGGCGUUUGGAUGACGGACAACAGGAGGUGCCUGAGAUGGGUGCCUCUCAAUCUGCACUCGAACCCCAGGACCUGUUCUCAUUACCAGGGCGAUCAAAGUGGUCAGCGAAGAAGAGUGAGCAAGUGCAGGCGUUGAUUUUUCUCAUCAUGGUACCACGUACUUCCGGGUUAAAGGCUGUGGGCUUGGCUGGCAGCACCUCUUGUCUUGGUUGGGGAGCUUUUCUUUCUACCUGAGCUCACCUGGCAGGCUAUCAGGGUGCCAGUAUGUUUCCGAGCACAAUUCAAAGUGUUGGUGCUGACCUUUAAAGCCCUAAACUGCCUCAGCCCAGUAUAUCUGACGGAUCAUCUCCACCUCCAUUGUUCAGCCCGGACACUGAGGUCCAGCUCCGAGGGCCUUCUGGCAGUUCCCUCAUUGCGAGAAGUAAGAUUACAGGGAACCAGGCAGAGGGCCUUCUUGGUGGUGGCCCUCCCACCAGAUGUCAAGGCAAUAAACAACUAUUUUACUUUUAAAAGACAACUGAAGGUGGCCCUGUUUAGGGAGGUUUUUAAUGUCUGACGCUGUAUUGUUUUUAAUAUUCGGUUGGAAGCCGCCCAGAGUGGCUGGGGAAACCCAGCCAGAUGGGCUGGGUAUAAAUAAUAAAUUAUUAUUAUUAUCUUGGGUGGGGCCGAAGCCAGUGGUGGAUGUGGCCAGGCCCAAAACGUAGAUGGGCCCUCUCUCUUUCCCUCUUAUUCUCCACUUUGCAAUCUGCUAUGGGAGGGACUGGUCACUCUUGCCAGAAGCCUAAAACUGGCCUUCAAAGUUAGCCCAACUCCUGCUAUUUGCCUGCCCUUGUCUAGGAGUUACUGGGAGUCUUGGUUUGCCUGUUUUCCAUCUCCCUUGUGGGGGGGGCCAAUCUACCUCCCUCUGAUCAUGGAGGGCCCUCCCUCUAAGCCCCAAAUGGAAUCAUAAGUGCUUGUUCCGUAUUAACUAAUGAUAGUACCCCUGAGCACCUGAAAUGGAGUUUAGAGUCACCCCCCCAAGAAGGAGAAUAUUGUAUAUCCCGGACCCAUGGAAGUGUACAAAUGGGAAAUAGCACUUGCAAGUGGACCCUAUGCAUGGGAUGGAGUCAAAAUUCAGAGAUGGCGGUGGGUGGAUAAGGCUGGAAAUCGCUUAACUAUUUUGCACAUUUUGGAGCAGUCCUGGCGACACUGGGGUGGGGGAAAUGCAAAUAUGCAAGUCAGAGGCAAAAAUAAAUAAAUAAAAUAAAUGUGGGGCUGGACUCCCUUCAUAGAGAGGGUUGCAGAAUUUAGGGGUGGGGUGGGGGGCAAGCCCUUCCCUUCCUCUUUUGUUGCCCCCCCAUUUCCCCAAAUGCACACACUGUUCCCUCGGACAAUCCAGCCGGCAUCCUCUCCUCUCCUGAGCUCCUUCGUUUCCCAAAUUCUUGGCAGCCUUUCUAUAUAAACAGCUUAUUUUUAGCCGGAGGUUAACAGUGCAAGAGCUGGCGGCCCACUUUCCCACAGCCGUGGAGGGAAGUGGGUGUGGGGCCGCGUCCGAGGAAGAGGAGGAAAAGCGGUGGGGACGGGUGCUAGAAUGUGCGUAGGCCGCAGUUUGGGGUUCUGUGGGGAGGGAGGCGAGGAAACAUGGGAGCAGGCAGUUUUCAAGCCCUGAGCCCCACCUUUAGCUGAACAUUCGCAAUUUUGGGGCUGUGUUUUAAUUUUUGACCAUAUACUGUAUUUUUCGCUCCAUAAGACGCACUUUUCCCCUCUUAAAAUCUAAGGGGAAAUGUCUGUGCGUCUUAUGGAGCGAAUGUGUGGUCCCUGGGGCUGGGGGGGGGGACCCGGGCUUCCCUCGCCAGCCCCGACCUGCUAUUUGGGGCUGGCGGUGGCUUUCCACCUUUGGGUCGAGCAGCUCUGGGGUAGCCCGCAAAGCCUCCGCAGGGCAGCGGGGAGCCUUCAUCCCACUGCCCUGGGGAGGCUUCGCGUGGCUAUUCCUGGCUUUUGCGGGAGGUGGGGGAAGGGACAGAGCAAGGCUCUCUCACUUCCCCCACCUCCCGCAAAAGCCCUCAAGAGCCGCAUUUUUUUCUCUUGAAUCCCCCCCCCCCCAGGUAGGUGCCCCUUAUGGUCAGGUGUGCUUUACGGUCAGGUGUGCCUUAUGGAGCGAAAAAUACGGUAGGUUGCGAACUCACUUUAGUUCCAGCUGAAAUGCAGUUUUUUUUUUACUCCCCACCCACCAGUUGGAGACCAGGCCUCCGGGGAUGGGUCACACUCAGGGUGGAUUUGAUUUAAAUCACAAUUUUAAUCACUAGUCAGUAAGACUUGAUUUAAAUUAUAUUUUUUUAUAGAAAGACUCAUUCUUGCUGGUAUAAUCUUAAUAUUUACAACCAGAUGGAGGUUUCAUUUUUGGAAGAAUAAAUUUUCAGAGUAGUUUUUGCAGUUGCAUCAAAAAUUACUGAUGUGGUUAUGCUAUUAGAAAUACAUAGAUAAUGAUGAAAUUAUUGUGAGGUUUAAUAAGCUAACUGUUUGGACAACUUUUCUGCUGUACUUUAUUGGAAGGAGGAAAACAAUCAUUUCCUUAACAACAAUUUAAACAAUUUAUUUAACUAAAACAACAACAUUAUAGCGUAUGUAUCCAUGUUUGUUAACUGAUGUGGUUAAACAAUAAAAACAGACUGAGUUUUAGCACACAUGAAAAACUUAAAAACAAAUCCUUAUUUCCUGAUGAAUAGCUUUUGGACUAUAAUGUAGCUUAAAUAGAAAACUAGAAAUAUUUUUUCUCCAAAAGCAUUUUAUUUAAAAAAUCCAAUUUAAAUAAAAAUAAUCCAGUUUAAAAAUCUGAUAUAUAAAAGUUGAUUUUUAUCCACCCUGGUCACACUAGGGCCUCAGGUUGAUGCUUCCAUCUCUUUAGCUCAGAGGUGCAUAAAGCACUGAAGUAAAGCAAAUGUGGCCCUUCAAGGCUCUCUGUUUGGCCCUCAGCACCUCCCCCUUGCAGCCACACCCUGUCUCUCCAGAUCACAGUCCUCACCAGCCCCAGAAUAUUGCCUGACUAGAAUAUUUCCUUGCACUCAGAGGGGCAUAGAAACUAGCCUACGUGGAAAGGUUUGAGCGUUUGCAUUUGUUGCUCCACCCACUUUUGCCUGCGGCCCCCAGAAGCUUGCUGAGAGGGGAAUGCGGCCCUCGAGCUCAGCGAGGCCCUGCUUGACCCGCUCUGUUGUCCCGCAGGUCUCUGCCAGUGUCCGAAGAAACACACAGUCUUAUCACGGAGAAGAAGAGCGGGAGACUGCAAGGAGAACCCGAUGCUAUCGUGAAAGGUGGGUUCUUAACGCAGCGCGACUCCCUGAGCAGAAUCGGGGCUCCUUGGUUUUGCUUGGGUUUUCAUUAUUCCUGCCUCUGGGAAAGGGUGGCUGACGCUGCCCAGCCUUUUUGAGCAGGGUGGUUCCCAGUCAUUUGGAGGAGUGGCAGCGUUUGUGUCGAAGGGGUGAAAAGCGUGGUACUUGCAUUACAAGUUGCGCUAAAUUAAAGAGCAGCCACAAAGCGUUUAGGGGACGCGCGUGGCACUGUGGGUUAAACCACAGAGCCUAGGACUUGCCAAUCAGAAGGUCGGCGGUUCGAAUCCCCGCGACAGGGAGAGCUCCCGUUGCUCGGUCCCUGCUCCUCCCAACCUAGCAGUUCGAAAGCACGUCAAAGUGCAAGUAGAUAAAUAGGUACCACUCCGGCGGGAAGGUAAACGGCAUUUCCGUGCACUGCUCUGGUUCGCCAGAAGUGGCUUAGUCAUACUGGCCACAUGACCCGGAAGCUGUACGCCGGCUCCCUCGGCCAAUGAAGCGAGAUGAGCGCCGCAACCUCAGAGUCGGCCGCGUGUGGACCUAACGGUCAGGGGUCCCUUUACCUUUUUACUAUUCCUUCUCCUACAUAAAUGGGCUCCCUUCCCAGGUUGACCAGCCCUAUCUGCCCCACCUGUAGAAGCAGAAAGAGAGCCAACGUGUUCUUGGGGUGGGGGUCAACCUGAGCACAGGCUCCACCUCACCAUCUUUCUAUUGCCUCUUCCAGGCUGGCUGCAACGGGACGUCCGGGGAGGUAUAAAGACCCCUUGGCUGCGUCCUCGCAAGUACUGGUUUGUGCUGACGGAGGAUUCCCUCGACUACUAUAGCGGGUGUGAGGUGACGGCCCGGUGCCUUGGUUCGCUCGUCCUCACCAGUCUCUGUUCUGUGCUUUGGCCUGACAAGCAGACCUACAAGGAGACAGGUAAAGAAUGUGGGCCUGUGCCUGGCUGUGGAGUGCUUGGGUAUCGAGUCUUUUAGCACAGGGUUGGAGAACCUCAGAUCCAAAUGUGGCCCUCUGAACCUUUUCCUCCGGCCCUUGGAAUUCUCCUCAGACCACGGCCUCUUCAACUUGGGGGGUGGGGUAGGAACCAACAACGUUUCUGUCCGGAUUUUCAUUUUUUGAAAUAUGACAACCCGACUGGAAUGUGACCUUGAUCUGUAGCAAUGCCUCUAGCUUAUUUGGGUGGAUGGGUGGGUGUUACGUGUAGAAACCGGGUUUUUGUGUGCAUUUUGUGCGGCUGGAGUGCAGCCUUCUGUACAAAGGGAAGAAUCGUGGCUAUUGCUCUGGCCGUGUUUGUGUCUGCCCAGCCCAUUGCUGGCACCCCUGGCCCAUGAGGAAAUGUGGCCUUUGAGCCGAAGGAGGUUCCCAACUCCUGUUUCAGCUUUCUUUGAUUGAUUGAUUCAUUCAUUCAUUAUAUGCUGCCCAUCAGACUGGGUUGCCGCAGCCACUCUGGGUGGUUUCCGGCAAAUGAAAACAUCAAACACAGUUAAGACGUCAAACAUUAAAAACUUCCCUAUGCAGGGCUGCCUUCGCAUGCUUCCUAAAAGUCAGAUAGUCGCUUAUUUCCUUGACAUUUGAGGGCACCACGUUCCACAGGGUGGGCGCAACGAAUGAGAAGACCCUUUUGCUGUUCGCUACCUCGGUCUCAAAGCUGCUUUUUUGCAAUAGAAAUACAUUGCAUGCAAAAUGUAAAAGCAUAAAUUAAACCACAGAACCUUGGGGAUCUUUAAAAUAUGGAAAAACUUAAAGGGAAAGCAUCAGGAAAUUUUAAACUUCGGAGAAGUGUUCAUGAGACAAUGGGCUCCUAAGUUUGAAAGGAUAGAUAUAGAUAGAAAAGCAAAGCCUCUCUAUGACCUGUGUGUGCCUGUCAUGGGGAAUCAAAAGCCUUUUCUCUUCCUACUUCCCUCAUUUCUGUGUUCCUUUCAGGGCUAUAUCUGCUACUAAUGCUAAUAGAUAGGGACGCGGGUGGUGCUGUGGUCUAAACCACAGAGCUUAGGCCUUGCCGAUCAGAAGGUCGGCGGUUCGAAUCCCCGUGAUGGGAUGAGCUCCCAUUGCUCGGUCCCUGCUCCUGCCAACCUAGCAGUUCGAAAGCACGUCAAAGUGCAAGUAGAUAAAUAGGUACCGCUCCGGCGGGAAGGUAAACAGCGUUUCCAUGCGCUGCUCUGGUUCGCCAGAAGCAGCUUAGUCAUGCUGGCCACAUGACCCGGAAGCUGUACGCCUGCUCCCUCGGCCAAUAAAGCGAGAUGAGCGCGCAACCCCAGAGUCGUCCGCGACUGGACCUAACGGUCAGGGAUCCCUUUACCCUUUACUAGUAUAUUUAUACCUGUGUAUAUGGAAUGCGGGUGGCGCUGUGGGUAAAACCUCAGCGCCUAGGACUUGCCAUCGUCAGGUCAGCGGUUUGAAUCCCCGCGGCGGGGUGUGCUCCCGUUGCUCGGUCCCAGCGCCUGCCAACCUAGCAGUUCGAAAGCACCUUUGGGUGCAAGUAGAUAAAUAGGGACCGCUUACCAGCAGGAAGGUAAACGGCGUUCCGUGUGCUGCGCUGGCUCGCCAGAUGCAGCUUGUCACGCUGGCCACGUGACCCGGAAGUGUCUGCGGACAGCGCUGGCUCCCGGCCUAUAGAGUGAGAUGAGCGCACAAUCCUAGAGUCUGGAAGACUGGCCCGUACGGGCAGGGGUACCUUUACCUUUACUAGCGGGAAGGUAAAUGGUGUUUCCGUGUGCUGCGCUGGCUCGCCAGAUGCAGCUUGUCACGCUGGCCACGUGACCCGGAAGUGUCUUCGUACAGCGCUGGCCCCCGGCCUCUUAAGCGAGAUGGGCGCGCAACCCCAGAGUCGGACACGACUGGCCCGUACGGGCAGGGGUACCUUUACCUUUACCUUACCUGUGUAUACGUGUGUGUGUGUGUGUGUGUUUCUAUUAAUCACAUGCUGAUACUCCCUUCUGUCUCCCUUCUUCGCAGGAUACUGGGCAGUGACUGUUUUUGGCAGAAAGCACUGCUACCGCCUCUACACAGAGCACUUAAACGAAGCUGUGCAUUGGGUUUGCGCCCUUCAGAAGGUCAUAAUCAGCAAGCCCCCCGUGCAGACCCCGACGCAGCUCCUCAUGUGUGACAUUGAGGUGAGUGGGGGGGGCAGGAAGGGAAUGGGUGUGAUGCAAGGGCCAGGACACACCCGCUGAGGCUGCAAAUGGGCCAAGCCACGCUCCCGUCAGGCAGCAAAGGAGCUGGGAAGCCCUUGGAGCUGAGAGAGCAGUUGCAGAAAUGCAUAAUGAGUGCACCCGGCGGUUUCCUCCCUUAAAUGAAGGGAGCGGCAACUGCACACAAGGCAUUUCUCACUCCUUUAAGGUCAUGCUGCUGGUUUGGGCUGCCGUUUCUGCAGGCUUUAAUUCUUAUUCAUAACUGCUUUAAGAGCGUCUGCAAUGUUACAGGCUUGACGGGUUGUUUAAACAUCUUUUUUAUAAUUAUUAUUUUUCCUGCCGGCUCACCUCUGUUGUAAAAUAAUUUUUAUUUGAUUUUAGAAAAUAUAUGAAAGUCAAUUAAAAAUCCAUAUACAGUGGUACCUCGGGUUACAUACGCUUCAGGUUAAAGAUGCUUCAGGUUACAUACGCUUCAGGUUACAGACUCCGCUAACCCAGAAAUAGUGCUUCAGGUUAAGAACUUUGCUUCAGGAUGAGAACAGAAAUUGCGCAGCAGCAGGAGGCCCCAUUAGCUAAAGUGGUGCUUCAGGUUAAGAACAGUUUCAGGUUAAGAACGGACCUCCGGAACGAAUUAAGUACUUAACCUGAGGUACCACUGUAAAGAGAUUGCUCUAAAUCUCACGACUCCCCCUCCACCAUCCCCUCUAUGGGUCCUAAUGCCAAUAUUUACACCUGCAUAUCAAUCCAUUACCCACAUUUUUUAUCCAUCUAAAUCAGGCAUCCUCAACCUUUGGCCCUCCAGAUGUUUUGGACUACAAUUCCCAUCAUCCCUGACCACUGGUCCUGUUAGUUAGGGAUCAUGGGAGUUGUAGGCCAAAACAUCUGGAGGGCCUCAGGUUGGGGAUGCCUGAUCUAAAUUGUCCAUAGUUUCUGUUGCCUUUCAAGUGUGAUUAAAAUCCUGAUAAUGUUUUCACCUGUUUACAAUGGUCUCCCAAAUAAAUUAUAAAUUUUCCCCAUUCUUUUUUUAAAGUUCUUGUCCUCUUGGUUCCUGAGCUUUCCACUUAAUUUUGCCAUUUCAGUAUAGUCCCAUCAACUUGGUUUGCCAUUGUUCCCUGGUCAGGAUUGUUUCUUUCUUCCAUCUCUGGACAAAUAACAUAAACAUAUUAUUUAUAAUUAACAACAACAACAACAAUUUAUUGUUUAUACUCCGCCCAUCUGGCUGGGUUUCCCCAGCCACUCUGGGCGGCUUCCAACCGAAUAUUAAAAACAAUACAGCGUCAGACAUUAAAAACUUCCCUAAACAGGGCCUAAAUUUAACGAUCUAAGCCUCGGGGCAAGGGGCUGGUUUCUGUCAGAGAGGCGAGGCCUAUGCUAAUUAAAUAACGACCAAUUAAUAUUGUUGCGGGUAGGAGUGGAGAGCUAGGCCCGUUCCUUAUUGCUGACGUGCCCAAAAGUGUUAAGUUGCAGCGUCUGCCCUGAGGAUUUGCAAUGUGAAAUACAAACAGGUUUCGUGCCCAGAGCCCAGGCGCACCUGGUUAGCCACCUUUGGCGAGGGCAGCCCCUUCAUGGUGGCAGCAGGUAUUUGCACGCAGGUUUCCUAAAGCAGCUCUUCUGGGAAGGUGCUCUUGUCGACACCGCAGCAGUUCCCAGACUAGAAUCAGUAGCUCUAGAAAUUCUGCAGGCAGAAAAAUGGCUCAACUGACAAAUAGGUUAAGGGGAAAUACAAAACAAUCAUUUACUCAAAAAAUGGGAUAUGUUCAAGAAAUACCUACAAAAAUAUAAUAACAAUAUAACAUCUAUGGUAGUGUUUGAAUGACCCUUGUGUAAGGUAAAGGUAAAGGGACCCCUGACCAUUAGGUCCAGUCAUGGCCGACUCUGGGGUUGCGGCACUCAUCUCGCUUUAUUGGCCAAGGGAGCUGGCGUACAGCUUCCGGGUCAUGUGGCCAGCAUGACUAAGCCGCUUCUGGCAAACCAGAGCAGCGCACGGAAACGCUGUUUACCUUCCCGCCGGAGCGGUACCUAUUUAUCUACUUGCCCUUUGACGUGCUUUCGAACUGCUAGGUUGGCAGGAGCAGGGACCGAGCAACGGGAGCUCAUCCCAUCGCAGGGAUUCGAACCGCCGACCUUCUGAUCGGCAAGUCCUAGGCUCUGGUUUAACCCACAGCGCCACCCGCGUCCCUUUGUGUAAAUUAAAUAUUAAUAAAUUACAAAAAAUGGUACGAUACGUUACAAGAAAGUAUUAGAAAAUAUAUUAAGAGUAAGGUAAUAAGUAUAAGUACAUUCAAUAUUGUAAAUGUAAAGUACAUCAGGAAAUGAUGGGAAGUCUAUAGUUUAGUUUAUUUGAUUCUACUUUGGUUUAUUUUUGUUUAGUUAGAAAGUAAAAUAAAAGAGCACGUAUAAGCAUAAAUAUUUAAUGGUAAAAUCAUUUAAGGUUAUUAUUAUUAUCAUCAUCAUCAUCACUAUUACCUUUGUAUGUGAAUAUAAGAUCAUGUAUGAUAUCCAUGGAUUUCAGUAAAGAAGAUAAUAAUAAUAAUAAUAAUAAUAAUAAUAAUAAUAAUAAUAGAAAUUCUUCGGGCAGAGUGGACCUGUAAGUCAGCAAAAGCCUUCUGGGAAAUGAUUUAUAGUGAGCUAAAAAAAUGUUUAAAAUAACUUUCAUUAAAAAACCAAAGGCUUUUCUAUUAGGUAUAGUAGCAGAAGAGAUAGCGAAAGAGGGAAAAGGUCCUAUUUAUGUACGCGGUGAUAGCGGCAAGAAUGUUAUAUGCCCAGGGAUGGAAGGAAGGAAGGAAGAACCCCAUCAAAAGAAUAUUGAAUAUUGAAACUGAUGGAUUAUGCCGAAAUGGCAAAACUGACCGGGAAGAUUAUAUACACCAAGAGCACAAAAAAAUUAGAAAUGAAUGGAUUAACUUUAUAAGAAUAUAUGAAGGAGCAUUGCAAACAUUUAAAAACCUUAGCAGGAUUGGAUUAGCACUUGUAAUAUAAUUUGAUAAAGGGUAUUGAAAAAGGAGACCUAAUAGAUUGGAUAAAAGUAUUUAGUCACAGAAAAUAAAAGAGAUAAUUACUGGAAACCGGGGAGAGGAGUGGGGGGAAGUCCGGGGGUCAGAAGAACCCCUAUAAAAAUAUUGAAUUUGUUAUUGAUUCAUGCAAUUCGCUUUUUUUCUUUCUCCUCAUCCCAGGAGAACCGUAACAGCCCAGAAAUCCUGGAUCAGAUUUAUCAAAAUAACCCCAUCCUGUGCUACACGGCUGGCCCAAUCUACGCGCCUCUGCUACCCUUCCCGUAUGCAGGUGGGUGACCGCUUCCUUGCACGUGGGUCAGCAUUGUCCUAAAAUUGAUGGCUUCAGUCCUUGGGCACCACGUGCCGUUGGCUGUACAAUCCCAAGCAGUUCAGCAAUUGGUGGUACGUGUCUCAGGACCGCAAUACCUCAAGGACCGCCUCUUCCCAUAUGAACCUACCCGGUCCCUGAGUUCAUCUUCUGAGGCCCUCCUUCGUGUGUCUCCUCCUCGAGAGGUCCAGAGGGUGGCAACACGAGAACGGGCCUUUUCUGCAGUGGCUCCCCAUCUGUGGAACGCUCUCCCCAGGGAAGUUCGUCUGGCGCCUUCAUUAUACACCUUUAGGUGCUAGGCAAAAAGUUCCUUUUUAACCAGGCCUUUGGUUGAUCUUGGACGUGGGUGGCGCUGUGGGUUAAACCACAGAGCAUAGGACUUGCCGAUCAGAAGGUUGGUGGUUCGAAUCCCCGCAAUGGGGUGAGCUCCCGUUGCUAGGUCCCUGCUCCUGCCAACCUAGCAGUUCGAAAGCACAUCAAAGUGCAAGUAGAUAAAUAGGUACCGCUCCGGCCGGAAGGUAAACGCCGUUUCCGUGCGCUGCUCUGGUUCGUCAGAAGUGGCUUAGUCAUGCUGGCCACAUGACCCGGAAGCUGUACGCCGGCUCCCUCGGCCAAUAAAGCAAGAUGAGCGCCGCAACCCCAGAGUCGGCCACAACUGGACCUAAUGGUCAGGGGUCCCUUUAGCUUUAUCUUUUUUGGUUGAUCUUAUUGACAUCCAAUACCCUUUUAGUAUGUGGCUCGUUUUUUGGGUUUUUUAUUGGGCUAUUGUUUUUAAUUUGAUUUUAUAUACAGUAGUGGUACCUUGGUUCUCAAACUUAACCCGUAUCGGAAGUCCGUUCCGAAACCAAAGCGCUCCAAAACCAAGGCGUGCUUUCCCAUAGAAAGUAAGGCAAAAUGGAUUAAUCCGUUCCAGACUUUUAAAAACAACGCCUGAAACAGCAAUUUAACAUGAAUUUUACCAUCUAACGAGACCCUUGAUCUGUGAAAUGAAAGCAGUAAACAAUGUACUGCAGUCACUCACUCAAUCAAUCAUUAGCUGAACUGGGUUCCUCACAGUCACAAAAACAAAACAAAAAGAGCCGCAAAAACAAAAACACAAAAUGAAUAGCAAAAACAGACAGACCUCAGCGUAACACUCAAAACGGAAGUGUGGCCCUCGAAUCGGAAGCGUAACACUCAAAAUGGAGCACGUUCGGCUUCCGAAAAAAGUUCGCAAACCGGAACACUUACUUCCGGUUUUGCAGUGUUUGGGUUCCAAGUUGUUUGAGAACCAAGGUGUUUGAGAACCAAGGUACCACUAUUACCAUUUUCUUUGUGAACCGCCCUGAGACCUCUGGGUAUAGGGCGGUGUCUAAAUCCAAUAACCGAUAAUGGAUUCUGAGUGCAUAGCUUAUUUCUCCCUGUGUCUCUGCAGCUCCCGGUGGCCAGGGCUACGCGGGGAUCCGUGACGAAGCUGUCAAGCUGUUCCACUCGCUGCAGCAGCUGGAGGGGCUGCGGGAGCCAGCCCUUCUCAUGCAGGGGGUGUUGCAGACGUGCCACGACCUCCCCGCCCUGGUGGACGAGAUCUACUGCCAGCUGGUGAAGCAGACCACAGAGCCCCCAGCGCCGGGUGCAGCCGCGGACCUGCGAUACUGGCAGCUGCUUGCUUGCAUGAGCUGCACCUUCAGGCCGUCGCUUCCUGUCCUGUGCUACUUGCAGCUGCACCUCCAGCGGUGAGCCCUGGGGCAAAGGGAAAUCGGGGUGCGUGUGUGUAUGGGGUGCGUGUAUUGCCUUGCUCACCGUGAUCAGGCAGAGAGGCCAGAGAUGAUGGAAUCGUGGAGUUGGAAAGGACUCAGGGUUCAUCUAGUUCAACCCCCUGCAAUGCAGGAAACUUUUCCCCCCCUCAAAUUUUUUAAAUUGAUUUUCCAAAAAUUUUAAGCAAACAAACAAACAUACAUUUUAAUUGUAUUUUAUCCAAUCUUAGUAACAUUGUUAAGUGACUUCCUCAAAUCCCCCUGGCUGAAUUUCAGUGUAUAUCAUUGUAACAGUUUUCCAAAACCAAUUUUCUCAUUGUUGUUGUUUAGUCGUUAAGUCGUGUCCAACUCUUCGUGACCCCCUGGACCAGAGCACGCCUGGCACUCCUGUCUUCCACUGCCUCCCGCAGUUUGGUCAAACUCAUGCUGGUAGCUUCGAGAACACUGUCCAACCAUCUCAUCCUCUGUCGUCCCCUUCUCCUUGUGUCCUCCAUCUUUCCCAACAUCAGGGUCUUUUCCAGGGAGUCUUCUCUUCUCAUGAGGUGGCCAAAGUGUUGGAGCCUCAGCUUCAGGAUCUGUCCUUCCAGUGAGCGCUCAGGGCUGAUUUCCUUCAGAAGGGAUAGGUUUGAUCUUCUUGCAGUCCAUGGGACUCUCAAGAGUCUCCUCCAGCACCAUAAUUCAAAAGCAUCCAUUCUUCGGCGAUCAGCCUUCUUUAUGGUCCAGCUCUCACUUAACAUCUUUCUUUCUUUUCAUUUUAACUUUAAACAUGUUAUUCUCUAACAUUACAUAUUUAAAUCCCAAGCCUAUCUGAUAUUUGCAAGUUUUUCCAAUUAACUUAUCUUAACAUGUUUAACUAGUCUUUGAGUUUCAUCCAUUCCUCCUGUUUGUGGAUAGGGGCGUGGAGUGCUGAGCAACGUUCUCGCGCGUGGGUUCCCUAAUCCCAGUGUUUCCCUGGUCCCAGCAGGACAGAGAACCAGUUCCCAGACUCGGAGGCGACUUGGUAUGGACGCUUCAUCGCAGAGGCCCUUCACAAGACCAAGGGGCGAGAGUGCGUCCCUUCGCUGGAGGAGAUUGCGGGGCUGAUGGGGCGCCAGGAGACCGAGUGCGGUGUGCAUUGCCCUAGCAUCGCCACCUGCCAUGUGGCCGUCACCUCCCAGACCACAGUCCAGGAGGUGAGCAGAAGCCCUGGGGCUGAAUGGCGAGGGUGGGUGGUGGGCAGGGGCCAGUUCGGGUGAAAUUCCUACCUGUGGGGCUUGCAGGUUGCCAACAGGAAGCUGCGGCUAAACUUGCGGAUGAUAUUGGUGGCGUUUACUUGGGAGAGGGGGUUUGCGGGUGGCGCUGUGGGUUAAACCACUGAGCCUAGGGCUUGCCGAUCAGAAGGUUGGCGGUUCGAAUCCCCGUGACGGGGUGAUCUUCUGUUGCUCAGUCCCUGCUCCUGCCAACAUAGCAGUUUGAAAGCACUGGUACCGCUCCGGCAGGAAGGUAAAUGGCGUUUCCGUGUGCUGCUCUGGUUCGCCAGAAGCGGCUUAGUUAUGCUGGCCACUAAUAAUAAUAAUAAUAAUAAUUCAUACCCCGCCCAUCUGGCUGGGCUUCCCCAGCCACUCUGGGCAGCUUCCAGAAAAAUAUUAAAAUACAUCAAACAUUAAAAGCUUCCCUAAACAGGGCUGCCUUCAGAUGUCUUCUAAACGUCUGGUAGUUGUUGUUCUCUUUGACAUCUGAUGGGAGGGUGUUCCACAGGGAGGGUGCCACUACCGAGAAGGCCCUCUGCCUGGUUCCCUGUAAUAUGACCCGGAAGCUGUACGCCGGCCCCCUCGGGCUAUAGAGCAAGAUGAGUGCUGCAACCCCACAGUCGUUCGCAACUGGACCUAAUGGUCAGGGGUCCCUUUACCCUUUACCUUACUUGGGAGAGAGGGGGGAGGAAGGGAAAGAAGACUUGCCUCUUUCUUUGCCAAAAGGCCCAAGCAGCCAGGAUUUCGUCUGGCAUUGCGGCGCUGGCUGCUUCCGUUCCGCGGUGCGGUUGGCGAGAGAUGAGGCAAGCUUCUUUUCCUUUUUCCUCCCACCACAGUGCACCAAUUGGGUCUCUGCACCCCUACCCUUCCGCCCCUACCCUUCCCCCCUCUCCGCCCCUCCGCAUGCUUGACACUGUCUGUCUGUCUGUGUGUGUCCCCUUUGCAGCACUGAGUGCCCUCCUGCUGGACAUGCCCAGGCCUCCUGUCACCCCCUUUGUCUCCUCGUCCCAGGUGGCCCUGGAGCUGAUGUUGCGCCUGGGGCUGGCGCAUAGCCCCAACUCAUUUGCCCUCUACGAGGAGAGCUGGCAGCAUGUGCGCCCCCUGCCGGAGGAUGCCCUGGUGGCAGAUGUUCUCACGAGGUUCGAAAGGUAAAUGACCUCCCCUCAACCCGGUACAAUUUAACUUGUGUCACAGCUGGACACGCUGGAGCCAGGAGGAGAGUUAAAGAGAGUUGGCAGCACGUUGAAAAUCCCAAGUCAAAGCGACAUCCUAGCCUUUGCAGCUCCAGAGAGGAUCUUGCAAAUAUACGGGGGAAGUGGCUUGGGAAAUGCUGGGUUGCCGGAGUAGGGAUGUGCAUGUGAUUGCAGGGGUGGGGUCUGUUUCAGCAAGCGGGAGCAAAACUCUGCAAAAAUUAAAAAUUAAAAAACCUAUAGUUAUGCAGGGCACACUUUUGAGAUGAGUACAGAAUGUAUCUGCCUUUGUGGGGAAGGAGGAGACAGUACAGUGGUACCUUGGGUUACAUACGCUUCAGGUUACAUACGCUUCAGGUUUCAGACUCCGCUAACCCAGAAAUAGUACCUCGGGUUAAGAACCUUACUUCAGGAUGAGAACAGAAAUCGUGCUCUGGCAACGCGGUGGCAGCAGGAGGCCCCAUUAGCUAAAGUGGUGCUUCAGGUUAAGAACGGACCUCCAGAACAAAUUAAGUACUUAACCCGAGGUACCACUGUAAAACCUAAGUUGUCAAACGUAAUCCGUUCCGGAAGCCCGUUCAGCAUCCAAAAUGUUCGACGACCGAGGCGCAGCUUCCAAUUGGUUGCAAGAGCUUCCCACACUCAAGCGGUAGCUGCGUCAGACAUUCGACUUCCAAAAAACAUUAAAAAACAGGAGCAUUUACUUCCAGGUUUUCGGCAUUCAGGAGCCGAAAUGCUCCAAAAAGGAGGUGUUCGGGAACCGAGGUUUGACUAUUAUCGAGCUACCAGGAAAGUUUCAGUCUUUUUCGUCUGCUCCAGUAUCUGUGGCAUAUGCGGUCAGAACAUUGGAUCAGGUUAGGGCGUUUUUGCAUGUCCCAGAACUGACGGGAUGUCUUUGCUUGCCUUGUUCUAGCUCAGCUGGGGAAGAGCCACCCAGGAAGCCCCCUGGCAGACUCUGGUUCAGGCAUUAUGGGUGUCUGAACCUGGACUGCGUCCCCUGCAACAGCCAGGAGUUUGCAGUGCUAUUUGAACAGGUAAGACGUCACGCUGACCAAGAGAACAAGCUUGCAGGUGUGGGGAGUGCUGUUGUUCCAAGCGACACACCCUCUCCCUACAAGGCCCAUUAGCUGUUCAUCUAUGGCUGUAUUGCCCAUUUGAGACGUUUCCAGCCUUGGGCUGCGUCACACUUGCAGAACCUGAAUGGAGGCUUCUCCACCGACACCUACCUCCCUUGCUUAGACCAGCUUUUCCUUAUUGACCUGCUGCCCACCUGCCUUAGUUGCCUGCUCUCUAAUUCCAAGAUCUUCCUUACCACCAGGGGAUCUCUCGCUGGAGCAUCGUCUGCUGGGCUGUGGGCUCUCCCGCCCGCGGUCAAGCAGCGAGCGGAGUGGAAGCAGUUCCCGUGCAACCAUUUCCUGGAGACAGCUUCUCUGACGGGAGUUGCCGUGUACGAACGGAAACAGAUACAGGGGACGAGGCAGCCAGAGAUCAGCCUGGCGGGCACGUGGUCGGCCUUUGGGUCUGUCCUCUGUGAUGCAGAGGUUUAUUUAUCAGGUAAGUCGUCACCCCUGCACUUCCGUAUUUCCGGGCACGACUUGAGAAGGUACAUGAUGGAGAGAACUAUGAGAGACCAGUGGCACACACUCGAGGCCAGUCGUGAGGAGUAGUGGGCAGGCACUGCUAUUUGGCAAAGCAGGAUCCGACCAUUAUUGUGGAGGGAGGGAUUUUCCAAGACAUGUAGCACACUCCAGAAUCAAAACAGAUUUGGGUAUAUUUGCAGGUGGCACUGUGGGUUAAACCACAGAGCCUAGGACUUGCCGAUCAGAAGGUCGGCGGUUCGAAUCCCCACAAUGGGGUGAGCUCCCGUUGCUCAGUCCCUGCUCCUGCCAACCUAGCUGUUCGAAAGCACGUCAAAGUGCAAGUAGAUAACUAAGUAUCGCUCCAGCGGGAAGGUAAACGGCGUUUCCGUGCGCUGCUCUGGUUCGCCAGAAGUGGCUUAGUCAUGCUGGCCACAUGACCCGGAAGCUGUACACUGGCUCCUUCGGCCAAUGAAGCGAGAUGAGCGCCGCAACCCCAGAGUCGGCCAUGACUGGACCUAAUGGUCAGGGGUCCCUUUACCUUUACCUUUCUCUAACUCUGCUUUCAUGCAGUAGCUUGCUAUCUAUUAUCUUCUGGAAAGGGUGUGUUUUCAACACUUGGGGAUUUGCAUUGGGCCGGGGCAACUCUUAAUACCUGUGCUAUUUUCCUAGAAAGGAAGGUGCCAGAACUCACCACAAACUCCUCCCUUGUUCUCUCAUAAUGGCAAUGGCGCCUGCCUGAGAGGUGCCGGAACUGAGUUCCAGUGAGUUCAGACUGGAAAAAAGUCCUGCAUCUUAACAGAUAUUGUGGGACCUAGUCAUGACCAUAGCUGCCAACUUUUCCCUUUUCUUGCAAGGAAUCCUAUUUGGAAUAAGGGAAUUUCCCGUAAAAAAAGGGAAACAUUGACAGCUAUGGUCAUCACAGGGCAGUGACACAAGGUGGUAAACAGGUUUUGCUGAAACAACACAUUGUGGGCAGCAACUGUUGGCUUUAGAAAAGGGACUCCCUACCCUGUGUCUUGUCCUCAGUCCCAAGGUGGCUGCGGUUGGGGAUUAAGCACAUUAUGGAAAGCUGAUUCAUCUCAAUAAAUGUACUUUGAAAGGUGCAUUUUUCAUCCACCCCUCUUCCUGAAUUUUCAAUCCCUCCCCCCAUUUUUGUACAAUCUGAAAAUUUUAUUUCGGAAGCCAAACUAGUGAGAGAUGGCAGCUCUGACUAUAUCAUCUCUCCACUUUCUAAUGGUUUCAGAUUUUUUGAAAAGAAAAGUGUAGCCUGUAUAAACACAAAUCAAGCCCUUCUCCGUAAACUAGCCUGAGGGAAGGUCAGAGUUGAAAUCCCAGCUAGCAAGCAGACUAUCCUCUCUAGGCCACUUUAAAAAAAAUUAAAAAUCACCUUGUAUUUAGUGUUUCACUAAAUAGAUACCCAUCUCACUGGUUGUCUUUAGCACCACAAAACAGUUUCUCCUUCCCUUCAUCAAAAGCUUUGCUUUGCUUGAAAGCGGAGCUCCUUGCUCGCGGAAUAUAUACAGUGGUACCUCAGGUUAAGUACUUAAUUCGUUCCGGAGGUCCGUUCUUAACCUGAAACUGUUCUUAACCUGAAGCACCACUUUAGCUAAUGGGGCCUCCUGCUGCUGCUGCGCCGCCGGAGCACGAUUUCUGUUCUCAUCCUGAAGCAAAGUACUUAACCCGAGGUACUAUUUCUGGGUUAGCGGAGUCUGUAACCUGAAGCGUAUGUAACCCGAGGUACCACUGUACAACUCUCUGGCCAGUCUGGCUGAAGGAUAUAGACUACCCCUUUCUGCCCACUCCCCUAUUGUCCUUCAAGGGAAAGGAGGUAGAGACUUAAUCUGCAAGCAGAGGGGCAGGAAACGGCCUAGGAGGGGUAGGCCAAGCUCUGACCUUGCCCUAUUUUCUUCUCAGGCAAAGGAGGCGGUGCAGCAGACCCAGCGUAUUCCGCACGGAGCUGCAGGAGGAGACUCCCGCCGUUACCGCCACCAACAAAGGACUGCACUUAACGAAACGGCCAGCGAUGGGACCCUGCCUGCGCCACCUUUUGCCCUGGCAGCAGCCUUGAAGGCCAGGGAGAUCUAGUGCCUUCCCCAGCCAGACACUUGUAGUGACGAUACCCGUGGUACUUUAUGCUCCUAAGGAGCUGGAAACGUAUGUCCUCUCCUGUGUAGAGGGAAUCCCUUCCCCAACGCGUGUAAAAAUUUAUUUAUAUCGAUAGAUCUCCUUUCCUCCAUUCGGUCUCUCAGAACAAGUAGUUGGCACGCUUCUCUCUUCUGCCCGUAAAGCUGCAGGCAGCUUGACACUGUGCCUAUCGUCUGGUCUGUGCAGACAGCGCCGUGUUUUCACUCGCACAUCAAGAGAUGGUGAAGAACAGCGGAGGACUUGGGAGUGGUGGGUAGCAUCUCCUCCUAUGGCUCUCUCUUGCAAAGCUGUUUUUUUAAAAAACAAAAUAAAUGUAGUAAACACAAGCCAGUGGCUGCUUAGC